AGCCUUGGCUCCAGGGUCGUGUAUUCUUUCCAGGCCAUACCAAAAGCGGCAGUAGCUUUCUGUGUUCCACAUUUAUUAUUGAAGAUAUUUUUAUCAUUAUUCUAUUCAACGAUCCAAUCGUACUCAAAUUCCUUGUAGCUUUGAAAUCUCUCUCAUUCAUUCACUUAACUUUAUCUCCAUCCUUAACCUACCUCAUCAUCCCAUAAUUGAGUUUGAAACUGACACUCUUGGUUGGCUCCUCUGAAACUAACCCAGAAGACAGUGAGAUAAAAAGCUUAAAGCUUUUCUUGGGUUAGUCAGGCUUUUCUGUUUACUUUUAUUCAUUGCAUUCUUCUCAGAGUUUGAAAAUGUUACUGGGUUUUGAGUUCGAUGAGAUUCUGUUUGUGGGUUUAGUCAAACUGAAUUGGUUUGGUUGCUAAGAAACAAGAUCAGGAACACAGUGAGAUAAAGCUCCAAGCUUUUUUUGGGUUAAAUUCGAUUACGCGAGUUGUCGGAGAAUUGUUUUGGUGGAUGAAGGACAUUUAGAUUGGGUACUUGAUGGGAUAAAGAGACAUAAAGCAGUGCAUAGGGAAUGAUAUCCUUCUGGUAGAUCCCGGGACUGCAUGGGAGGCUUAUUGCACCUUUUUGAUUUCAAUCAGGGCAGCAUGGCCAGGAAGCUUUUUCUGCAUAAGAAACAUGAUGGUGGCCUUGAUGCUCCACGAAAUAGCUUGGAGCUGCAAAUAGAGACUUCUCAGAGCUAUAAUGAUGUGGGAGAUUUGCCGGUGAAAGAAGUUGGUCCCAAAAAGAAUUAUCCACUUGAAAGUUCAAUGAAGAAAUUGAUCAAUGAGGAAAUAUCCAAACGCUCAAGUACCAGACACACUGGACCAAGCAUUGUGGCACGGCUUAUGGGGAUGGAUAUGUUGCCAAUGGAUACAAAAUCAGCAGUUCAGCCAAUUGAGGACAAACAUGAAUAUAGGAGAACGAAGUCUUCAAAGAAGGAAAUGAAUGGAAGGAGCUCAGUUGAUCGCGUCUCUUCCAACUCAAAUUCCUCCAGAGAGUUAGAUCUUGAUUCCUUUUAUCAAAAUAAUGGCACAAAGGACACUGGAUGGAGUGAAGAUCAGAAAAUUGGAAAACCAAGGCGUGAAGAACAUCCUCAAGAGGAGGAACUACAGAAGUUCAAGAAAGAAUUUGAAGCAUGGCAAGCUGCCAGGUUUAGGGAAUGUUCAAGGAUUGUCGAAAAUGACAACAAUCAAGGUGAGUUGCUUGCUCAAGAGCACCUCAACAAGGAAAAGACGGCAGUUUCUGCAAAAUCCAAGCAAACAACAAUUGAGAAGACUAUGGAAAGAAUAGAUCACACAGUAAAAGAAAUCUCACAUGGAAGAGGUGUUUCGUCACAUCGUGUAGAUACAAUGGAUUUAUUCCCACCUGAGUACACGAGAUCUUUAUCUUCAAAAAGCAGAACCAAGAGCUUAGACUUUGAGCAAUCCUCCCUGAUGAAUUCCAGGAAGAGAGUGAACAUAUCUUCUGCUCCUACUAGGAUAGUUAUCUUAAAACCUGGUCCUGAUAGCUUUUGCAACCAUGAAGAGACUUGGAUCAAUUCCCCAAGCACUUCAGAGCAGAGGGGUAGUAUAGAAGAUUUUCUUGAGGAGGUGAAGGAUCGACUGAGAUGUGAACUCCAAGGGAAGGUGCAUAAAAGGGGUUCAGUUGUCCGAGGAAGUGGAAUUGAGACCCCAUUUAGUGAACAGCCAUCAGAUCCAAAGCAAAUUGCUCGUCACAUUGCAAACCAGGUCAGAGAAAGUGUGACUAGGGAUCUUGGAGUGAAUUUGCUUCGAUCAGAAUCAACAAGAUCAUACAGAAGUGAAAUUCAAUAUAAUGGAGCAGGUUCCCCAGAAUUCAUACAUAGAGAUACUAGAAGAUUCCUGUUAGAGAGACUAAGAAAUGUUUCAGAAAGAGAGACAGAACUUAAUUCUCCUGUAUUAACUUCUGGCAGCUAUAGGUCAUCUGCACUAGACUAUGAGAGGGUCAGAUUAAAACAGGUGGGACAUACUUUGGAAGCUCAAAAAGAUAUGAGUUUCUGGGGAAGAGGAAUGGUGAAAGAUGACCAUGUAAAAACCAGAUCAUUCAGGCAUGGACCAGAUGACGAUAAGUUGCUCGAUCGAGAGUUGUCCCCUAGAAAUCUCGUUAGGUCCUUAUCUGCCCCAGUAUCCGGAACAUCAUUUGGGAAGCUUCUUCUGGAGAACCGCCACAUUUUGACUGGUGCUCACAUUCAGAGGAAGCAUGAAGCCAUUGAACAUGUGUCCUUGGAUAUGAAGAGUCAGAAGAAAGAAAGGUUUAAUUUCAAAGAAAAGGUUUCCAAUUUCAAAUACAGUUUUACUCUUAGGGGCAGACUGUUUGGAAAAAGAAUUCAAUCAGCAACUGAAUCACGUCGUACUGAACGUUACCCUAUGAAUGACAUCAGGAGUGGCCCAACAGUUAUUACCAACUCUAGAGAGAGACAUGAUAAUUUCACCGAGGUGCCUCCUAGUCCUGCAUCUGUGUGCAGCACUGCUCAGGACGAUUUCUGCAGGACAGCUGAUUGUCUUAGUCCAAUAUCAACUCCAAAUGCAACUCCAAGAGAAGAUAGACUUGUGCCACAGGCAUUCAGAGACAUCAGCGAUAAUCUAAGUGAACUGAGAAGGCAACUGAAUCAACUCGAGUCUGAUGAGCCGGAUGAUGCAUCUGUUGAACAGGAAGUGAUUGAAUCUGAAAUGUCUGGACUAGACAACCCGGCAGAGGUUUACAUACGAGAUUUGCUUGUUGCUUCUGGUCUGUAUGAUGGAUCAUUUGAGAAAUACUUUUCGAGAUGGGACACGUUUGGGAAGCCCAUCAGCCUCUCCGUGUUCAAAGAAGUGGAGGAAUCUUAUAAAAAGCUGGCCAAUGAUCACGAUAGCUCAACCAAAGAUCACAAUGGGAAGGCAAAUCACAAGUUGCUACUUGAUUUGUUGAACGAAGCUCUUUCAACUGUUCUUGGACCUCCAUUAAACAUUUCUAAAUUCAGAAGAAAAGCUAUCAACUCCUCUGACCUGCCACCUUUACGUGGUAAGAAGCUGUUGGAUUCUGUUUGGGAGAGUAUAUGUCAUUAUCUAUACCCUCCAAACGAUAGACACUAUCACUCCCUCGAUGAAAUAGUUUCCCGGGAUCUGGGAUCCUCACCGUGGUCGGAACUGGUGGAGGAAGACAUUAAUGUUCUCGGAAGAGAGAUUGAAACUCUGAUUAUGAGAGAUCUUGUUACAGAAGUUUUGGAUGAUGUGAAGUUUUGAUGGAGUGCAAGGUUGAAACUUUUUUUUUCAGUAUUAGGAAGAGUGGCGUAUAUAAUGAAAUGAAAGAAAGUAAAUACAAGAUGUACAUGGGUAUCCAAAACUCUGGAUUUCCCAUGUUUGUUUGAUAUAGCUGAGACUUGAGAGUGUGCAUGUAUAUAUGUUCAUCUGCGUGGUUUGCUGAUAUAGAUAGGAAAUGGGUUUGAUUAGUUGAAGUUAUACAUAGUGUACAUUUGGUACAUGUAUUUUACUUUUCCACUUUUGACAGUAAAAAAGAAUUCUUCCCCAAUAUAUUGGGGCAGUUGGUUUGUUUCA